GCUGUUUUUCGUGAUCGAGUUUGUGAAUGGAGGAGACCUGAUGUUCCACAUGCAAAGGCAAAGGAAACUUCCAGAAGAUCACGCUAGGUUUUACGCAGCCGAGAUCUCCUGUGCCUUAAACUUCCUGCACGAGCGAGGGAUCGUCUAUCGGGACCUGAAGCUGGACAACGUGCUGCUGGACUCUGAUGGACACGUCAAGCUCACUGACUAUGGCAUGUGCAAGGAGGGUCUCCACCCAGGUGACACGACCAGUACCUUCUGUGGAACCCCGAACUACAUCGCUCCAGAAAUACUCAGGGGGGAGGACUAUGGCUCGAGUGUUGACUGGUGGGCUCUGGGUGUGCUUCUGUUCGAGAUGCUUGCGGGGAGGUCUCCCUUCGACAUCGUGGGGAACACAGAGAACCCUGACCAGCACACAGAGGACUAUCUCUUCCAGGUAAUCCUGGAGAAGACGAUACGUAUCCCACGAUCCCUCUCUGUCCGAGCAGCUUCAGCACUGAAAGGUUUCCUCAACAAGACCCCAUCGGAGCGACUCGGCUGUGCUCUUGUGACCGGCUUCAGCGACAUCCAGCACCACACUUUCUUCAAACCCAUCGACUGGGAUCUUGAGGCCAGGCAGGUGCCCCCUCCCUUCAAACCCAGUAUCGACUCCGAGGGCGGAGUCGAGAACUUCGACCAACAGUUCACCAGCGAACCUGUGCAGCUCACGCCAGAUGACCCGAGAAUGCUGGACAAGAUUGACCAAUCAGAGUUCGAAGGCUUCGAGUACGUGAACCCUCUACUGAUGUCGCUAGAAGACUGUGUGUAGUUUCGUUUUCGGCGACGUCCCUACCCGGGACCCGGCGCUCAGUGCAUCAGCUUCAACAGUACUUAAAGAGCGGGGGCAGUGGUCACAGCAGAUGUAAUGUACUGUCUGAAUUCAAGCAGGGAGCUAAAAUUUUGUUUUUAAUGAAUUUUGGUGCCUACUGUAUUGGUUUUGUUUGGUUGUUAAGCAGAUGAGGCAAGUUUUUUUGCUUCAAUUUGUGUAACGAAAUCGGGGUAAUAGAAAAUGUUGUGAUUUUG